CAUAUCCACUACUUCUACUACAACCCUUUGAUUCUUUUGGUUUCAUCGUUUGACCUCCUGAAGAGGAAAACCCAGGUGGUUCACCAUGGAGAAGGACGAAAUCGAGCUAAGGCCGAGCCCCGGGGAGCAGCCUUUGAGUCCCCGCCACCUUUGUAUGGAGAAACCGAGCCAACACAGGCGGGUCUUGGUCGCAGAAUAUGGGACAGCUUCAAAAGGGAUCCCAAUGCCCAUGUCACAGCCGCCCAUGCGUCCUCCGGUGCAGAUGGGAAGUCCUUCGAUAUCGAAAACGCCGCGCAGAAGACUGCUGCUUCACCCUUACAGCGUAGCCUCAAGGGCCGUCAUCUGCAGAUGAUUGCCAUCGGUGGUUCUAUCGGCACUGGUCUAUUUGUCGGAUCCGGAAAAGUCUUGGCCACGGGUGGCCCAGCGUCGGUUCUCAUUGCCUAUGCUUUGAUCGGGUGCAUGCUUUACUGCACCGUACACGCACUGGGCGAGAUGGCGGUUCUUUUUCCUGUCGCAGGUUCAUUUGCGCACUACUCGACUCGGUUCAUUGAUCCGGCAUGGGGUUUCGCUAUGGGUUGGAACUAUGCGUUGCAAUGGCUCGUAGUGCUGCCGCUGGAAAUUGUAGCUGCGUCAAUUACCGUCGACUAUUGGCAAUCUGAUAUCUCAAACGCUGCAUGGGUCGCGAUCUUUUGGGUAUUGAUCGUCUCAAUCAACUUGUUCGGCGUCAGGGGCUACGGUGAGGCCGAGUUUAUCUUCUCACUCAUCAAGGUCGUUGCUGUUAUUGGCUUUAUAAUCCUCGGUAUUAUCCUGAACUGCGGCGGAGGUCCUAAGGGUGGGUAUAUCGGUGGACAGUACUGGCACACACCCGGUGCUUUCCAUAACGGGUUCAAAGGUCUUUGCAGUGUCUUUGUCAACGCCGCGUUUGCCUUUGCUGGAACCGAGCUCGUUGGUUUGGCUGCAGCUGAGACUGCUAACCCUCGGAAAUCACUCCCAACAGCUGUCAAGCAGGUGUUCUGGCGUAUUUGCCUCUUCUAUAUUGUAUCGCUCACCCUGGUUGGCCUUCUUGUUCCCUACGACGAUGAGCGACUUCUUGAUGGGAGCUCCAGUGCUGACGCCAAGGCCUCCCCAUUUGUGAUUGCCAUUAACAAUGCUGGUAUCUCCGUGCUAGAUUCUAUCAUGAACGUCGUUAUCAUGAUUGCGGUCUUGUCUGUGGGUAACUCGUCAGUUUACGGCUCCUCUCGUACCCUAGCAGCUCUUGCCGAGCAGGGGCAAGCUCCCAAGUUUCUGUCAUACAUUGAUCGCAAGGGUCGCCCUCUCUGGGCAAUUCUAAUUGCCUCUGCCCUCGGUUUGCUCAGUUUCUUAGCCGCAUCGGACAAACAAGAAGUGGCCUUUGAGUGGAUGAUGGCUAUAUCUGGUCUCUCGUCUAUCUUCACCUGGGGUUCGGUUUGUUUGGCGCACAUUCGCUUCCGCAGUGGCUGGAAGGCUCAGGGCCACAGCUUAAAAGAGCUCGCCUUCCAAUCACAACCGGGAGUUAUUGGCUCCUGGGUCGGGUUCUUGUUCAACUGUCUCGUUUUGGUCGUACAGUUCUGGGUUGGAUUUGCGCCAAUCGGUUAUAGCACGAUGACUGCUGGUGAGCUUGUUGAGGCCUGGUUUUCCGUAUAUCUAGCUGCCCCGGUUGUCCUGUUCUUUUACAUCCCGUAUAAGCUCUGGUUCAAGACACCAUUUAUCCGGGCCAAGGACAUGGACUUGCAAACCGGUCGUCGCGAUCUCGAUCUUCAGUAUUUAAUUGAGCAGGAACGAGCCGAGCAGGCAGAGUGGCCUACAUGGAAGAAGGUAUAUAAGUUCUUCUGUUAG